AUGAAUUGGAUUCUGGUGGCAAGUAUUUUUUGUGGUCAAGCAGUUCAAGUCCUAUGUCAGGUCAAUCUGGGUUCAUUCUCGUUGGGUCAAAAUCCCACUGGAGAUCUCGAGAUUGGUGUCGGUCAAAUGGCGAACAUUUUCGGAUUUGGUGGCGAUCGUGGCUUGAAGGUGACCACUGGAAAGGGAAAAUUUGGACUGACAUCGAAUCAAGGUGCGUUGAUCGGAGGUGAAAGGGUUGGCGUUGAUUCGGGACUAUCGUUUCAGGAAGGAAAAGGACUCGAUUUGGGCAGUUUACUGAAUUUUGGAAAUCCUCAACCAGCGUCUACUCCCCAGCAUCCACAAGGCCAGUUCGGCUCGUUUCUGGAUAAUAUCGGUAAAUUUGUGCAGUCAAUCGCGAAACCAUCGAGCACUUCUGCGCCUUUCAGUCCCUCUGGCUUGCCGGCUAAUCACCCAUUAUCACCAUCAUCAACAGAUCACUUCCUUCCGAAAAGUGUCGGACGGACUGGAAGCAAAGAAUCGUGGAAUUCGAUUGAACAGUUGCCGAUACGAUCAGAUCAACGCACAAUGGAUGAAAAGAUCAAACUGUUAGGUGCUGAGGAUACUUGGGAAGAGCCGAUUCCGAUAAAAGUUGAGGAACGACGUUUGAGUGACAGUAAGGCCGAUGAAGUCGGAGUUUUGAACGGUGGCGAUUCAAGUAGGGUUCCAGGUGAAAGUGCUACGAGGUCAAUGGUUGUGAACCCGCCGCAGUUACCCGGUUUAGUGGAAAUCGACAAUAAUGCGGAAGAUAAACCGAAACUGGGCGAGAUGAGACGUCACUUUUUUUAA